ACCAUCCCUCGAAUACGCUCCCUCGAAUGUAGCAGAGGUGCACCCCCAGGGCUGUACCCUUGGGUGCCCCCGAGUGGUAUGCCCCUUGGGUGGCCCCAGAUGUGCACCCCUGGAGUACACCCCAGGGGGCACCCUCAAUAUGUAGGUUCGGCUCGCCUUGGCCCCCUCCAAAAACGAAAGCUCCCUACGCAGCUGCCCAUCACUGAUUAUUUUUUUACCACAAGUCAAAAUGACUUGCACUUAAAAUGAUUUGUCAAAAUAAUUCGUUGUUGACUUUUUGAUGCGCCAAUCAUACGGCUAAAAAUUAUAAUUUGAGUUUUGAAUUGGUACUUUUUUGAGAUGAACUGAAUUUCUCAAAUUCUAGCAUCUCAUCGGUUUCGCUCUCUGACGAUGCACUGGAACUCUCAGAUGCGUCGUCACUGAUGCUGCUCGAAGACUCGUCGAACGCUUUCCCAACUAUCUCAUGCUCACAAAGUCGCGCAGGACUGUUUUACGAGAACUCAUAAUGGAAAACUUUCUGCAGAAAUCUUGCAAAUGGGAAACAGAAAUAAUAAGUGUGUUGAAAAAGAUGUAUCAAAAACCAAAACAAAGCAGGACUAUCUGAAACCACCGACACAUGGUGAAAAUUAAACAGAAUUAAUUCGAACUAACUGUAAAGGCACACUAUUUUGAGUUAAACUGUACUGUUAAUGUACUGUAUGUACCCUGUGAUUAAAAUUUAGGUGGCUGGUUUUUCUUCUGUUUCUUUCGUUCUCUACAGUUCAACAAAUAAGAUUAAAUUUUUGAGUUAGUGGUCUCGCUGCUCUGUAACGCUCUGUAAGAUUCAGCGGUGCACCAUUGGUAAAUUCACUUUUACAGAACUUCCAGCACUGUAUCGUACAGAACAAAUUUAAAGUGCCUUUCGAGUGGUAUUAAAUGACGAUAAUAUCUAUUCGAAAAUCUGCCUGUCUCAUUAACUGACAGUAAAGUAAGUCGAAAGUAUUGCAACAGUGAAAGUAAGUAAGAGGUCCAAAAAACUCAGUAACCCAUCACCACAGAGACUGGUAAUACAUAGAGAGGCUAUGUCAAUCGAAUCGCAUGUAAGGCAGCGUUCCGCUGUGCCGUUCAGCUUAAGACCCCCGCUUCGAACACGAAUAUCAUUGGCAAAAGUGCCACUUUUGGCUAUACGGAUUGGCUGUUUUAACGUUAAUGCGCAAUUGUGGUUGGUUAUCCAAAUGCAACCAAUCCGCACAAUCCUGUUUUGCUGCAUGGAUUGGCUGUAUUCGACCACAUUUUGAGAUGCAAUCGCCGUUCGUGGGUGGUAGGCCAACGACAGGGGGUCUUAAUCUGCACGGAAAACUGGAUCACUUGCAAAGUAUUGUGCGUCCUCUCUAUGUAUUACCAGUCUCUGUGCCAUCACUGUAAAAAAUGCGAGUUCUGUAUCGUAACGGAGCCAGGAAAGUUCCUUUUAGAUACAGACACUUUAAUUUGGGCGCCCAAUCAGCGGUAAGGGGGUGGUAACAAAAUGUUACAGAACUUCCGGCUCUGUAUCUUACAGAACCCAUUUAAAGUGCGUUUCGAGUGGUACUUUUGUAGACUUCGGUAUAAUAUAGCAUUUUACGCUUCGGUCAUAAAACCUUUACCACCUGCAGGUCACGAGUUUCAAUUUUUGCAGUGGGUUAUGAUUUGCUCAUCGCAUUAAAUUUUUGCGCGCAAUUUGCGCGGGGUCUGCUAUUUUUAAAUAUCAAGGCAUUUUUGGAAAACUAGAAAUAAUUUUUUCAGUUUGUUAUGUAACGCAUUAGAAAACGGAGGCGCAGGCGACGCCAAGCUGCGGCGCGAUCGCGGAGCUCGCGGAGAAGCAAGCAUGCAAUAUGUUCCGCUUAACAGAUCCGAUUUUUAAAAAAAUUGCAAUUUCUUUAAUUGGUGUACAUCAGCUAAGGCAUCUAUGUAUCAUAUUGUAUGUAUAAUAAUGAAGUACGAGUAGCUUUUGCUGCUUAAAAGUUUCAUGUGUUGCAAUUACAUUGAUUCUGACGCGUGUGCGAUCUGUUGACUGCUGGCUUAUUUUUUCGAGAAAUGUGUCACAUUUAGAAAAACAAAAAGCGCAGGAGGAUACACAGCAAAAUUUUUCUGUCAUAUUUAGUUAAAGUAGUUCUGUCGUCAAAACGAUAGAAAAAGGUCGAAUUGUGCUCUAUUAGUACGAGUAUACUGAUUUUUAAGCUGGGAUUAAACGGGUAAUAGCGGUGUCAGUGGUCAAAAUGGAAUUUAAGUCAUUUGUGAACUGCAUUGCCGGCAGUUACUGAAUAUAGUUGCAGCUUAAAAAAGCGCUGAAUGUCAAAGACCGGGAAGGAAGAACAAGUUCUAAUAAUUGCAGAGUCCCUGUGCGGCAACUGCACGAAAUCUAACUGAUUGGUGACUGAUCUGGAAACAAAAAAAAGGUCGGAAACUGAUGUGAAAACUUAUUCGCUUUGGGAGAAAAAUUUUACAGUUCAGCGCUAAGGUCAUCGCUGCAGUCAAACGAAUAGGAAAAUUUUCCAGUAGAUAUUAUUGACAACUGACUUUGGUAUAUUAUUGCAUUAUUUAUUCCGCGCAAUUUGCGCGGGGUCAGCUAGUUAUUAAAAUAAGCCUUAAAGAAUUCCAUACAAAGAUCCCUUUUCUGUGUGACGCACUAAACCAAACUUUAGUGCCUAUAUGUCAUUCCAUAGCGCCAAGCUUGCAGAUGGCGCGACAAGAAUUAGUUUUGGUAACAAGUCUUACAAUUUGUUAAGUUUAAAAGAAAAGUUUAAGAAAAGCUAACAUACAAAGUCUACGGGAAAAGUGAAGAACCCACCACUGCAAAACCGACCACCCCACCACUGUCUAGAGUCGACAGCUAAAACGCCGUUCUUUGAACUUCUUUCCAGCUGCUGCUGUUGCUGUUCUUCUUGCUUUCUACACGCUUACAAGUCAUAACCGAGUACCAACAGUACGUCGUCAAUUCGGCUUUGUCCAGUUGGCUUCACUGUCACCGGACAACUGCAGUUUAAAAAACUGCUCACAGCUCCUCAAUUUUGCAGUCGUACAGUGCAUACAGUGCAUUCGUACUGAAUGUGGAGAUGUUGGGUAUGCACCAUUUCGUUUAACAUUGUACCUGUUGCAUUUCGGAUUUUAUUUGUGGGCUCUGACCGCCUAAGUUUCAUUGGCUCACAAAUCCUCUGUUGUCAUGUCUGACAAUCCGCCUUCAUCGUCCUCAAAUUCGGAAGAACGAGGCAGGAUCACGAAGAUCAGUGAUGGCGUGCAGCGUAUUUUGAUCAGUCGAGAAAUGAGCGAUGUCCAGUUCGCGGUGGGGAGUGACCAUGGUGCCGCGAAGAUUUUUCCGGCUCACAGGCUUAUCCUGAGCAUCCGCAGCGAUGUGUUCCUUACAAUGUUCUACGGAAGUGUGCCCGAGAAGUGCGAAGCUCCCAUCGACGUUGCCGGCAUUCAUCCCGAGGGGUUCGAUAAUAUGCUUCACUAUGUGUACACGGACAACGUGAAGAACUUGACCCAUGGUAACGUCUUCCACACACUCGGCUGCGCAGACAAGUACAACUUACCGUUGCUGGCAGCCAACUGCGCCGAAUUUAUCCUGAAGGAUCUCAUCAUUGAUAACUGCUUGGUUAUACUGGAGAGCGCUGUUCGCUACGCAAUUGCAGUACCCAACAUCCUGCAGGCGUGCUUGUUUUUAAUUGAUGCAUCUGCAAAAACUAUCUGGGAAUCGGAUCAGUUCUGUGCGAUUGGAGAAGAGGCGCUGCGCUUAAUUCUCCAACGGGAUUCGUUGAGCGCCAGCGAAAACACUAUUUAUUCGUUUGUUGACAAGUGGGCUACCAGCAUGUGCAUGGAAAAGAACAAGGACGCUUCGUCCGCCAAUCGUCGUGAAAUUUUGGGCGAGACGCUGUUUCUCAUCCGUUUUCCGCUGAUGACCGAUAAACAGCUGCUCGAUGGACCAUUAAAGAAUGGCUUGUUGCUGGAACCGGAAGGAUGGGAAAUCUAUAAGUAUAAGCACGCCACCAUGAAACCGAUUCUGCCGUUCCCUACGAAUUCCCGACAAAGGCUGUGCGAUGAGGGUGUUAUUAAUUAUAUAGUUCCGGAUGUCCGAAAAAUGUUGAGGAUAUCUACUCCCAGCGAUUCCAUAACAGUUCAGAAGCUGCUUUGGAGUAUAAUGGUGGAGAAGAAAGCGGAUGGUGGGGAUGACGCGCUUGGGUUUUUUCUUAAGUGUUCUGGACCGUCAGAUCACUCGGAAUCCGGUUCUUGGACGUGUCAGGUUGCUGCAGAGUUUCGCCUGCUACCAUGGAAAGAGGAAACUGUACCAAUUACGAAAUCACUAUUCCAUCGAUUCUCUAAGCAUGAUGACGAUGCCAAAGUAAUCUGUGGAUACAAGGCGUAUGUUUCUAUGAAGAAACUGAAGGAUCCGGCGAAAGGAUACGUUAAUCCGUUUGACUUCUCCUUGAAACUGCAAGUCCGGGUGACUGCCGAUCUUCCUGUUGGUAUUGAAUAAACUGAAAAUCCUGAAGUAAUGGCAUUGGCGAACGAACGAAAAUUCGGACACUGGAAUAAUUUUGGUCGAAUCCGCUUGACGGUAUGUUUGUCACUUGAUUGAUUGAUUGUCCGCCUGCAGAGUGAGUCAGUUGAAGAAAGAGUGAAUAUUUCCUUACAAGUUACCAGUGUUUAAACUGAUUGAAUUUCCCUUCUAACGCAUGUUUCGCUAGUACCAUUUUGACAGCGAAAAGGUCAUUUUGUGUUUGUUCUCUUGAAACACGCUUUGUACUCAUUGGCGAAUCCUUAGAUCGUAAAAUUUUGCUCGAAUUUGGUACAAAUCAGUAACUCACUCAUUUUCGGAUGUUUUCUUUAACUAUUUGCUUCUGACUCACGAAGCAGUUUGUAUUGUUUGUCAGAUUCUUGUUAUUUCAUAGAUUGUUCAGAUAAAUGUGUACUAGUCUAACGGUCUUUCCUAUAACCAUUUUCUCAUGAAUUUCCGAUAAUUUUUGACGUAAUAAAAUUAUGGUCCUUGGGUUCCUGGCCGUAUGGCGCGUAUAGCGGAUUUUAUACAUGUGGUGCAAGGUCUGUCGUUUAAAUCUAACCAAGAUUUGAUCCCAACGAAAUUAAUCAACGGCUGUACCGUCUGUCAAGAAUAGCAGUAUUUUGUUCCUACGUACAACAAGAAGAGAAGAUAAACGACAUGAACGACACAUUUACACAAUUUCUCGCCGCUGCCGAACUAAUACCAUCCCGCAAGAAAAGCAAUUGUGCUAAUGAUCAAAAGAAACUUCCUCGCCAGCGGAUGCGACAGAUCAUUUCCGGUGUUUUUUAAUUUCGCCGUCUUGGACUUCUCGUUCGGUACGGUCUUGAUGCUGAACGUCUUGGGUGAUGGCGCAUUGGCGCUGGCCGCCGCGGUACUGUCGGCUGGGUCAGCAUUCGCCGUGGGAGCCACACCCGGAAGCGGUAAACCCGCGGGACCGGCCGCCAAGAUUGUCGGCGCAUCAUCUUCAGCCGUCUGGUUGACUUUCACGGAACUACCCUCUCCAUCCGGGACUAGAAGCGGUCGGGAUAAUACGGUGGUGUCGGUAGCCGCGGGCGCUGCAUCAGCAUGCGAAGCCGCUGAAGGAACGGUGUUGGUCAACUGCGCCUGCUGCUGCACGCUGGAACGGGUGCCCGUGGCGGCUGCGCCCGUAAAUAGCGUUUCCAUAUUGUUACUGCUGGCGCCCUGCAUCGUGCUGAAGGGCGGCGGGGAUGAAGCGAUAAUUGCAUCAUCUACACUGCUGCUACUCGUCCCCGCAUCCGGCUGGGUCAUAUUGGGCAGGGAGAUGAGAUUGUGCCGGUUGGAUAGGGGAUCCUCAAGGCCCAAAUCACGGCCGCACUGAGCUUGAUAUUCAAAACACUGUUGAAAAAGACAAAUCAAAGCGUUGUUCUUCGUUACUGCUCUUUUCUCUUCUCCAGUUGUUGUUGACUGGUUGUACAAAUUAAAUUAUAUAAAUUUAGGUUA